CAAAAUGACAUUUUGCGUUUCAGAUAAUGGGCAAGUGGUACGUGGUAGAAAUUUUGGAACACAAGCCGAUACCGGACCAGGAAAUAGGUUCAAGAUUGGUUCUGGAUAAAUGUCCAAUAAUCAGACUGCGAUUUGACGAGAGAGGGUACAUCAGGCUGUUAUGGAGCGAGGAGAAGGGCCAAAUCGAGUAUACCUUCAGUCUCCCAAACUCCAAAAUAAACGGAGUCUGGAAUUCGGUAGUCAAGCAAAAUGGAUCACUGAUCGGAAAGUCUUACCUUCAAUUCGACGGGUCAGUCUUGGUGAUGAAGGCGGUGGCGCAGCACGUUCUCUUGACGUUUUGUUCAGAGAAUAUCGACUUCCAGUUAUACUCAGUCCUGAUGGGCCGUCAGCACAUUUUGGAGAAGAGCAGCAUCACAGGCAUCCACAACCUGUUGAAAAGACGAACUCUUCACAUCUCAAGCAUCAGAUCAACUUGCGCAAAGGGUCAAGGAUCAACCUCCGCAAGCAAUGCAUACCUAACUCUCUUCACAGCUUUUACUUUAUUUAUCAUCAGCUUUUUUAUAUCACGCCCCAGCCACUGA